UCUUAUAGUUUUCCUGUUAAAGUAUAGUUAGCGAUUUUGUGUACUACAGACAGAAAUGUCGUGGAUGAGACCGUUUAAAACGCCUGUAGGACAAGUUUGGCUCAGAUUCAAAGGUAAAGAUAAAGAUGGAGUUCCGGGUAAAUGUUGCUACGCUGCGGCCGCGCAGGGUGAGUGCGAUGAAUUCGUGUCGAAUACAUGCGCUGUGAAAGGUGAGAAAUGGAAGCAGUUAUAUUUAACUUUGACAGCUGUCGAAGACCUUUUCGAUGUCUUCCAGCAUUACGACGUGAAUACGUGUAUAUUCGGGAGCGCCAUGUCAGUGAUGCCCAAGCACAGAGGGCAGAAUAUUGGAGCCCGACUUAUUGAAGCUAGUGAAAAUCUGUGCAAAACCUUGAAAGUCGGUGCAAUCUGCACAUCGUACACAGCAUUAACGUCACAGGCACUUGCGAGCAAAUGCGGGCACGAGCUGCUCGCGGAGAUGCCUUACGAGCGAAUGCUCGAGCAAGGAAUCGAUCUAAGGCAAUGUGAAACUAAGACCGUUCAAUUGAGGGGCAAAAAGAUUCUGUGACAGUCAACAUUGUAAUGUUAAAACUAGGUGUUUUUGAUAAACGUGCUCUAUAAAUUUCUACUACUAUUUAUUGACGAAAAGAUCGAACAAACACAAAAAAAACAUCUUUCGAACUAUACAGUGUUUUUUCAAUGGGAUGGUAUUGGGAAAUCCGAAACCAUAGAUUUACAAGGAAACUGUUUUAGGAACCACUUCUUUUGUGAAUACAAUUUUGGCAUAGUCCAUUUUUUGAUCAAACGUGAUUUGUCCGUUAAAAUGAAUAACAUUGAUCAAAAUUUUUUUGUAGCGCUGA